CUACAACAUGGUUGAAAACUUUAGAUCAUAAAAUUAACUACAAGACAGAACCAUUGAAAUAUGAAAAUGAAGUCGAGAAGAACGGUGGACUAAAUGUUAAACAGGUUUUGGAAAAUUUUUACAAUGAAAAUAUUAAUGAAGUUGAGACUGGUCAUUUUGUUAAGAAGCACAUUGAUUACAAACACCAUAGUACUGUCGAUACGACGAUGAAUGACGCGAGAUUUUAUAAUAAUUACGUUCUUGAUCCAAAUCACCUCCUUCCUACAACACCACCCAAUCCUACUGCUGCACUUGUUCCUCAAAGCGUUACACCAAUUCCACCUAGCCCAUUCCCGGUUAUGACUAAUGCACCACCUCCACCAUUCAUGAAUUUCAGUUUUCCUAUCAUGGGCGCUGCUGCAGGAACUCCUCAUGAUCAAAUUCCAAGGAUUGGAUUUGAUGGAAGAGACGAUAGCCGAGAAC